UUAAUUAAAAAACACACUUGGUCUUCAGAGAGAUAACUAGGGGAAAGAGAAAAACAGAUAUCUCUCUUCUCCGAUCCCCAAAACGCAGGAAAACAAUGUCGUUUAACAGCUCCCACCUCCUUCCUCCACAAGAAGACCUUCCUCUCCGACACUUCGCCGAUCAAUCACAGCAACCGCCGUCGCAGCGUCACUUCUCUGAAACACCUUCGCUUGUCACCGCCAGCUUCCUCAACCUCCCUAGCACAAUAACCACUGCGGAUUCCGAUCUCGCUCCUCCGCACCGCAACGGAGACAAUUCCGUUGCUGAUACAAACCCACGGUGGCUCUCCUUUCAUACGGAGAUGCAAAAUACUGGAGAAGUUCGUUCUGAAGUUAUCGACGGAGUCAACGCCGAUGGUGAAACGAUACUUGGUGUUGUUGGAGGUGAAGAUUGGCGGAGCGCUAGCUAUAAGGCGGCGAUUUUGAGACAUCCGAUGUAUGAGCAGCUUCUUGCGGCUCACGUGGCUUGCCUUCGGGUUGCGACUCCUGUUGACCAGAUUCCGAGGAUCGAUGCUCAGCUCAGCCAGUUGCAUACCGUCGCCGCGAAAUACUCCACUCUUGGUGUGGUUGUGGACAACAAGGAACUUGAUCAUUUCAUGUCACAUUAUGUUGUCUUGUUAUGUUCAUUUAAAGAACAACUCCAACACCACGUUUGUGUCCAUGCAAUGGAAGCCAUUACGGCUUGUUGGGAGAUCGAGCAAUCACUGCAAUCCUUAACGGGAGUUUCUCCAAGUGAAAGUAAUGGUAAGACAAUGUCGGAAGAUGAAGAUGAUAAUCAAGUAGAGAGCGAGGUUAACAUGUAUGAUGGAAGUUUGGACGGUUCAGAUUGCUUGAUGGGGUUUGGUCCUCUUGUUCCAACCGAGAGAGAGAGGUCUCUGAUGGAACGUGUGAAGAAAGAACUGAAGCAUGAGCUUAAACAGGGUUUCAAAGAGAAGAUUGUGGACAUAAGAGAAGAGAUAAUGAGGAAGAGAAGGGCGGGAAAGUUGCCGGGAGAUACGACUUCUGUACUCAAAGAGUGGUGGCGAACUCACUCGAAAUGGCCAUACCCAACUGAAGAAGAUAAGGCAAAACUGGUUCAAGAAACCGGUUUGCAGUUGAAACAGAUCAACAAUUGGUUCAUCAACCAGAGGAAAAGAAACUGGAACAGCAACUCUUCCACGUCAUCUACUCUCACCAAGAACAAACGUAAACGGACCGGGAAAUCAUAGGUGACAUAGCAGCUAACUAGAGGAUGGUUCUUUGCCAUGUGAAUUCAAGAAACCCAUCAGGUUGUAUGCUCGUACAGAGUGUGAUUUGUAUAGGUGAUACCGGUUAGCCUAUGAAACCGGAUUCUGGAGUCCGAAUUGUUGUUUGUAUCGCCCCGCUUAGUUAGUAGUAUUUGGAAGUUAUCUGUUUUGUUGGUUUGCGGCUUGUAACGAACGCUUAAAUCAGGUGUGGGCUUUUUCUUGUAAAGUGUCAAUAUGUUGGUCUGUAAUGUAUCAAGCAAAAUAUUUAUCAUAAUUAAACUAGCUUGAAAUGUA